CCGGUAGUGGCGCUCUGCAGUGUAGGCGCAGAGCUCAGCGGCCGCGCUCGCAGGGAAGGAGCCGGCGCCCAGGCGGUUCUACCCCGGAGGGGACCGCGGCUGCAGCCGGCCUCGGGCAAGGCGGGGCGGGCGCAGCGAGGGGAGGGCGGCAGCCCCCGGCGCUGCCUCGCGGCGGAAGUGGCCAGAGGAGGAAAUUCCCACUCGGCUGCCGGCUACAGCCAGUAUCCCGCGGCGGCAGCUCCCCAGCGCCCGGGCCAGGAGCCGCUGCCGGGGAUGUGAAGGCGCCCAACCCCCGGAUCAUGGCCAGCUCAGGAGCCCCUGGGGGAUGCGACGUGCUGAUUGUGUACGCCAGGGAUGCCAGUGAAUGGUGUCAGUACCUUCAGAACCUCUUCUUCUCGUGCCGGCAAGUCCGAAAGCAGCGGGUUCUGAGCUACGAAGUGGAGUACGGGGCUGCCAUUCCCUGGGAGGAGUUCGACCGAUUCAGCAGCAGCCGAUGCAUCAUUGUGUUGCUGUCUGCCGAGCUGGUGCAGAACUUUUACCUCCCUGAUGUCCUUGGGAGCCUGCAGGAAGCUUUGAGGCCCCCGCACAAAGUGGUCAAGCUGUUCUGCGGAGUGGAGGAUUGUGAUGACUUUUUAGGGUUUUUCAAGGACUGGGCCCAGUGGAAAGAGCUCACCUAUGAUGAUGAGCCAGAUGCCUACAUUGCAACAGUCAAGAAGGCUAUUUCAGAAGACUCUGGCUGCGAUUCUGUGACUGAUACAGAGGCAGAAGACGAGAGAAACCCAGUUUACUCCAGGAAACUUGCAAUGAGUCAGCAGCACGGGACAUCCAAGAGCACCCUGGGAGACCUGGUGGUGCAGCCUGACCGCAUACGCUGUGGGGUGCAGACAACACUUUAUAUUAUCACGAAAUGUAAACUGGAUUGUCAAGUGAAAACAGAAGCUGAAUUCUUUCCAGAGAAUGCCCAAUCUGUGCGUGUGCCAGCCAAGAUGGAAAAUGAAUACACUGUCUCUGUACAGGCUCCUGACUUAACAUCUGGAGCAGCAUCUCUGCGGAUAUAUUCAGGUGACUUGAUGGUGGGGGAAGCAAACAUCAGCUAUUACACUGACAUGGAAGAGAUCGGCAACUUGUUGGCCAAUGCAGCUAAUCCAGUGGAGUUCAUGUGCCAGGCCUUUAAAAUAGUACCAUAUAACAUAGAAGCUCUGGACAAACUGUUGACUGAGUCAUUGAAGAACAACAUUCCUGCAAGUGGCUUGCACCUGUUUGGAAUCAACCAGCUGGAGGAAGAAGAUAUGACAACAAAUCAGAGGGACGAAGAGUUGCCGACGCUACUUCACUUUGCUGCAAAAUAUGGUCUGAAGAACCUCACAGCCCUGCUGCUUACUUGCCCAGGAGCCCUGCAAGCCUACAGCGUAGCCAACAAGUAUGGGUACUACCCAAACAACAUUGCCGAAAACCAUGGCUUUAAGGACCUGCGGCAGUUCAUUGAUGAAUACGUGGAAACUGCUGAUAUGCUGAAGAGUCACAUUAAGGAGGAGCUGAUGCAGGGCGAGGAAGAUGACUCUGUUUAUGAGUCCAUGGCUCACCUCUCCACCGACUUGCUGAUGAAAUGCUCCCUGAAUCCUGGCUGUGAUGAUGAGCUCUAUGAAUCCAUGGCCAACUUUGCCCCUGAUGCCACAGACGAUCUGUAUGUAGAGAUGCUUCAGUCAAAACCCGAAGCCACAGUCGCUAAAGACCAGCUUUCUCUGAAUAUAAAAGACUCUAUGAUCCGCAAAUUUUUAGAAGGCAGUAGCAAAGAUGUGCCAGAUUCAGAGGAUGAUCCCUACCAGCAGUGCGGUGAGGAUGAACUUUACUACACUGUGGAGCAGGAUGACUUCCCUCAGGAAAUGGUCAACAGACCUCCAGUUCCUGUUCCGAGGCCUGACUCCAGCUCCCUUCAUCAAGAGAAGGAGCUGUACAUUUCCAAAGUAUUUGCAGGGAAAGCUCACGAAAGACCUGGGAAUCUGUAUGUCUCUGCAGGGAAGAUUAAGAAAGAGCCUGCAGUCAGGCUUGUCAGGGACCAGUCACAAUCAAGCAUAUACGACCCAUUCGCUGGGAUGAAAACGCCAGGUCAGCGGCAGUUAAUUACGCUACAGGAACAAGUCAAGAUGGGGAUACUCAAUGUUGAUGAAGCCGUGCUCCAUUUUAAGGAGUGGCAACUGAACCAGAAGAAGAGAUCGGAAUCAUUCCGGUUCCAACAGGAAAAUCUGAAACGGCUACGAGACAGCAUCACCCGGAGGCAAAUUGAGAAGCAAAAAACGGGAAAACGUUCAGACUUGGAAAUCACGGUGCCUAUACGACCGUCUCACAAUGCUCCCGGGAAACUGGAAUGUGGCAUUUAUGAAUUUGGCCCCAGGAAAACUGUUUUCCCACCAAGAAAGGAGAUAAAGCGAGGAGAGUGGAAAACAGAAAGCACCUCUAGCACUGCAAGUAGUGCCAGUAACCGAUCGAGUACUCGAAGUACAUUGAGUGUCAGUAGUGGGAUGGAAGGUGACAACGAGGAUAAUGAAAUCCUGGAAGCUACCAGAAGCCGCAGCCCAAUACCCCAGCAAGUGGAGAGGUUUCCCCUCACGCUACCUGAAAGGCCUCCGAGAAUACCUCCCAGAGGUGCAAGCAGGCCUGUAAGCAGCGAAAACUUUUUUCCUCCACCUGUGCCCCCACGAGGUCGCUGAAUCCUGAGAUCAUUGGAAUAUGGGAUAUUUUAGUGUGUAUGUGUACAGAUAUAUAUAUAUACAGACAUUUUAAAGGAUCUUUUUUACUAUUUAUAGAUGGAAGCCAGAUGAUUUCCCCCUCCCUGCCCCUCAGCUCUGGUGCAUUUUGUAGUAACAUUUCACUGAGAAAUCUCCCAGCCUUUUGUGACUUUUUUUUUCUUGGAGUGUCUUGGGACUUCUAGAUUUUAAGGAAAAACUAUCCAAGGUGGCAAAGAGAAUUUGGAUGAGUCUUCUGACUGUCUUACACCUCAUAUGGGGUUACGCCUCCCACCAAGAACAUGCUGUCCUCAUUGGAAUCCUACACUCUGAGAGUUGUAAAAACAACUAAAGAGAGUCACUGGAAAAUGUAAAAAAAAUAUAUAUAUUUUUUAAAAGCUCCUUUCAGAGUCUGUCUUCAAAGAAUGCUCAUCACGAGCUGCAUCAGAAGAGUGGAUCUCAGUAGUUUGGUGGUGUAACAUUUGGACACUGGCUCGUUCCCACCAAAUCUCCUGUAACGGAUCUUCCUUUAAUAGUUAUUGGACAUGAUGGUUUUGCAAAAAGGGCUUUGUGAAGACUUCCAUAUUCAAGCAAAAGUCGUUUUUAUACAGCCCUUUUCUCUGCCCACCCCAUUGUCUUUGGAUGGGGAAAGACACUAGCGAGGUGCUAUAUACACUGCAUUGGAUGCAAGACUCCCUAACAGCUGGUGAGGGAAUUGCUCUGUCACAUGAAACAGCUCUAUAUAGAUGCUUUCUAGGGGCCUUGUUACUUUAAAUCCAAAUAGCUGACCUCUUGUAUUAGGGGAAGAAAUUUUUAGCAGUCCUUUGACCUUCCCCCUUCCCUGUACACAUUUGAGUAUCAUAUCUGUGUUAAGGCUGUUUAUGCUUUGUAAUAGCGUGUGUUGAUAAGGUGUAUGUAUUUUGUGGCUCAAAUAUGGAUUUAAUUGUUGCUUACUUCACUGGGCACAGACAUCCCGUUCAGUGGUUGGGUUUUGUUUGCCCUAAGCAUCCUGUUUAGCAAAACUGCACCUACAGCAGCUGUGUCCAACCAAAUCCACCUGAGGGCUGUGUGUUUUCAAAAACAUCAAAGGGCUUCUUAGUUCUGCUCCCCCUUGUGCCACUCAGAUGGCACAAGGAGCAAAAACCAUUGCUAAGUCCUCAUCACAGAGAGUUGGGGUAGCUGGCUUUCAGGCCUGGGGUGAGGAGAACAUGGAACUCCAGCAAUCCUUGGCUGACAUGGCUCACAGGAGACCUUUGAUGGCUGGCACAAGUUAGAGGCUACUCUGCCCCUGCCCAGGGUAGAGAAUUGGGUAACAAUAACUUGUUGGUUCUCAGCUUCUCUUUUCCCUUCCCUCCCUGUGGUAGCUGUGUGGGGGAGAGGAGCCAUCCCUUUUUAGCUGAACCCAGCCCUCUAGGCUCAGAGAGAGCUCAGGUAAGCAGCCGACAGAGCAACCAGAGUUGCAGCUCCCCAUCCCUUGCAAUACAGCAAGUGGCCAGUGGAGGGAGUUGCUGAAGAAGUAAUCCACGGGGUGUCCCCUACUGUUGCUUUGUAGAGAUGUGGGUCAUUCAAACAGUUCAGGGUGGCACUUGUGAAACGCAUCUUCAGUUCACAAUCAAGUGCAAACUCUCUUUUCAAUGCAGCUCUAUGUGGCUCAGAAGCUCGUCCCUUCCACCAACAGAAGCUGCUCCAAUAAACAAUAUUACCUCACCCUCCUCAUCUCUCUCAUAUCCUGCGUCCCACAAGGCUACAAUGACACUGCAAGCAAGCACCAUGGGUGCUCCUUUAAAAGUACAUGAGUGUUCUCCUCCACUAACCAGGUGUUACUCAGAACACUACAGGCUCUGAAUGCUGGCUUGCCGUAGCUUGCUGGUGACUCGCUUUAGUCGGGGGGAAGGGUUGAGAUCCAGAGAGCAGGAGUUGGGUUUGUGUCCCUUUCCCUAGCGGGCGCAGUCCCCAGCACUUUUCCAUUGAACUGAAAAAAGUUUCUUCACCUAAUCGAGGAGAAAAUGAAACUGCAAAUGAAAGGAAUGAGUUAAAGGAAAUAAAACUGAAGAGGAGAGUUAAUUCAGGGGCCAAAUCCUGUUCAGUGCUCACUUCUGUUUUACUUUGCACACAUCUUGGUGGGUUCUGCCCUUCGGUUUAGCCCUGUGCAACCAGCAGCUCAUGGGCCCCUUUGCCUCUGUAGCUCUCUCGUGCGCUGCCCGUAAGGUCAGUUCUGUGCUGCAGCAUUGCAGGAAUUAACUGCUUUCCUAUCUCCCAGGGUAUAAGAACUGAGGAAUGUGGGGCAGAAGGAAAAGAGCAAAGCAUGAAGAUGCCCCUCUCCCAAUUUCAGAACAUUUCCUUUCCAGAUAAACCCGUAGCCAGUGUAUGUUAAACUUGCAGUGGUUCUCAAAAUGUGGGUUGGAACCCCCUUUUAAUGGAGUCGCCAGAGUUGGCUUAGACUUGCUGGGGUCUGGGGCUGAAGCCCUAGACCCACCACCUGGGCCCAAAGCCCGAGGGCUUCAGCCCUGGGUGGUGGGGCUCAGGUUACGGGCCCCCUGCCUGCUCCUGAAGCCCUUGGGUGGCUUGGGUAAGGUCAGGCUUCAGUCCCCCUGUCUGCUGGGGUCAUGUAGUAAUUUUUGUUGUCAGAAGGGGGUCGGGGUGCAAUGAAGUUUGAGAACCCCUGUGUUAAAGCAGGCAUGCAGGCGGGGGGCAAGGGGGAGUGACUGCCUGCCCUCUGUCCAUUCAACCCUGGGUAACUCUGACUCUGCACCACUAGAGGAGACUGUCACACAUAGGGUGACCAGAUGUCCUGAUUUUAUAGGGACAGUCCCGAUUUUGGAGUCUUUUUCUUAUAUAAGCUCCUAUUACCCCCCCAAACCCGUCCCAAUUUUUCACACUUGCUGUCUGGUCACCCUAGUCACACAGGUUUCCUCUAAUGUGAGUUUGGUCAGAGGGACAUGUUCUGGUGGCAUAUCUGUGGUGGAAUUUCACUGGAUUGAUUAAGACUUUACGGUUGGGCUCAGCAGUGAGCUGCGCCUCCCUUGUUUCAGUUGCUUAACUGGCAUCUAAAAACAACCCUCACAUCUCUGCCCAGCCAGCCUCCCUCUUUUGCUGCUCAGAACUUCCCUCAUGCCAAACUGUCCAUUUAAACAAGUGUCCGUUGCGUUCUUCUGUACUUUCCAAAGCCUAUUGUGCACUAUGCUGCUUUGAGAGAGACCACAGCUGGGAAGUGGCAUCAAGGUUCAUUACAAACAUGGUCUGUUCAGGCCCCACUUACACUCUAAGGAAACACAUGUCACCCUACAGUCUAGUGCAGGUGUGCCGCUAUGUCGCUAGAGCCAAAUGCAGCCCCUGGUAAUAUUCUCCCUGUAACUCUGCCCUUGGGAGGACAAAGCAGAUCAGCUGCAGGUCUGUAUGCCUGGCAGUCUAGAACAAGGAACUGUUUUUAGUAUAUCAAGAAAAGCAGAGCAGAAGAUAUCAUGGCUUCAUAUGCUUGAUUCAUGUCAACAUGGGAAUUGGGCAUGGCUUUCAAACCCCGGGCAAGCUGGGGUGUCUUAAAACCUGAGCACACCUUAUUGGAUGCGAGAUUUGGCCCUCAGUUCGCCCUGACUAGUUUGCAGCUGGUCAUUAAAAACUAUUUAGGGCUCAGUGCUUUAACAGUCUUCUUUCAUCUUUAGGCUCUUGUGUUGGAUGAACAUAUAAUGCAUAUUGUCUCUGCCUAAGCAACAAAGUGUGCUGAAAUAGUAGGAAAAGAGAGGAAGAAGAAAUGCUUUGUAAUUAAGUUUGUAAUUGAAGCAUUAAAAAAAAGUUCCUGUUUUAAGAUGAAAGCCCAGGGAGACCACUGGUAAUGGUCUUUCACCUCCAAAACACUGAUUCAAGUGAGGCUGGGUCAGCAGUGACCAUGUGAUGGCUGGUCAGUGAAAUGCAUUUGCUCUCAGUCCAGUGUGCAUACAAAACCCACCAGAGCAGAUGAGACUACCUUGCCCUGUUAUUCAGUUCUAAGUCUGUCUGCCAACAAACUGUGGAGACUGAACUCUCCGCUCGUUCUCAAGAGGCAGGCAGUCCAAAUCUGGACUGGGAUGCACUGACUGAGUGAUGUGGGGGAUCUUGAGUUUCUUCAGCCCAAGCUCUAUCUUUCUCCAACACCCUGUUUUGAAAAAGUAAACAUAAAGCUGUUCGGACAGAAAUGUUUGUCAAAAACCGCUCAACGGGCCCAAUCCUGAUUCUACUGAUGUCAGUGGAAGAUUUAGCCCAGGGACUUCAGUGGAUGCAGGCUCAUCCCCCAUGAGCUCUGCCCAUCUUAUGAAAGUUUGAAGCAAAACAUAGUUUGCUACAGUUCUGAAGAGAACAUAAAAUCAACGCUUAAGGCUGCAAUGAGAAAAGAUCAGACUGUGGCUUUUGCCAGUUGCACAAAAAUGGGGGAAGUAACUGUAAUCAGCCCUAAUCAAUCCAUAUAACAUAAAGUAUGAAGAAUCUUUCAUGUUCAGUUGACUUUUUCUAAGAUCUGAAUGUGUGUAUUUAUUUAUUUUUUGGCAUUGUGCAAUAUUUGGUGACAAGUGGAUGAUGUAUGCUGUUUGCCUUUUGGGAAAGGUAUGUUAUCGCUAGCUUAUGAAAAUUGCUUUUAUAUGCCUUCUGUUUAUUAUUUGAUCAACUGAUGCUUAAUGCUGUGUUUUUUACUUCUAACUGUAACUUGUUUGGGAUAUUUUUAAAAAUAUGUCUAAAUUUUGCAGAAUAAACUUCCAAUUACUGACAAUAUAAA